CCGCCUCCGGGGUUUCUCUGGAGACAGACUGAUUAGGCUGAAGGUUGGAGAGAGAGGGAGGAGUGGAAGAGAAAUAACCUCAUCCGUCAGUGAUGGAGUGACAGGAGAGAGAGAUGUUGUCUUCACUUCAAAGUUGUGGACACGCGCGCUAGCCUCAGAUUUUGAGAGAACACUAUUGUACAAGUACCAUAACGGAGCACGGACGUCCGUGUUUCUGGAGAAUGUUCUGACCGACUCCGCGCGCACAGUCUAUCCCGGGGUGGGAUUAUCCCUCGGGAAUCCGCGAGACAUAACAGACCGAUCAAACCAACACACCAGGAUCGUUUAUCGAUUUGGCCGAUUUUUACGUGUCACAUUCGCUGACUCGAGCGGUCAUCCACGGAUCGGUAGAAAAGUGAUCUCCUGUGAAUCAGAAGAUGAGCGGAGGAGAGGUAGUGUGCGUCGGAUGGCUUCGAAAGUCUCCACCAGAGAAAAAGUUACGUCGCUACGCGUGGAAGAGGCGCUGGUUCGUCCUGAAAAGUGGCCGUCUGACCGGAGACCCGGACGUUCUAGAAUACUACAAACACGACCACGCCCGCAAGCCCAUCCGCUCCAUCAACCUGCACCUGUGUGAACAGGUGGAUGCAGGUCUCUCCUUCUCCAACAAGGAUCUGCAGAGCAGCCAUGUGUUUGACCUGAGGACCAGUGAGAGGGUGUUCUAUCUGGUGUCUGACAGCCAGGAGGACAUGCAGCGCUGGGUCAGCGCUAUCUGUGAGCUGUGUGGCUUCAACCCGACUGACGACGUUACGACAGCGCACACUCCUGUCACCAUGGCUACAGCAGCCCACACACCCGUCACCACGGCGACUGAGCCAGCCCCGCCCCCCUACCAGCCGGUGAGCGUGAGACACCUGGAGACCAGCAGCAGCACAGAGGAUUACCUGUGGCUGUCCCACUGCCAGAGCAGGCCUCCUAUUGGUUCCUGCCAGUCUACAUCAUCAGAGGACUGCAAUGACAGCUUCCCUUCCCCAAGGCCCACCGCCUCGUCCUCCUCCUCCUCCUCCUCCCCCUCCUCCCUCGCCAACGGCCUCCCCCCUCACCCACACUCUGCCUCCGCCCCCUGGACCGUCGCCACGGUUCAGGGGGGAUCACAGGACUUCACUCCCGCCCCUGAGCCAAUCAGGACCAGUAUCAGAGGUCACCCCUCCCCCCACCCCAGGAAGUACUCCCUGGAGAUGCAGGUUCACCCUGGGUCCCUGUCGCUCUGCAGCCACGCCCUCCCUCCAGCAGGGGGCUCCAGCUGCAGCCCCACCUACCAGGUCCCACGGCCCUCUGCCACCCCCACCUCCCACAGCCCCGACCUGGGGGACGCCCCCUCUGCCGGCCCCCUGCCCCCGCCACGCCCGCCCAAGCCCCUGGGCCCAGGAGAGGGAUGUGUUCCCCGCUCCACCUCAGAGCCAGAGAGGAGCUAUGGAGGAGGAGGAGGUAACAUGGGAAUCAAAACAAUGCGCAGUAACACUAUCAGCACUGUGGGCUGUACACACACAGCGCUCCAGGAGGGUUAUCCAGCUCCCAGGUCGUUCUCUGAGAGAGCCAGCAUGUUUGAGUUCAGUGAGAGUUUCAACAGCUAUUUUAUGAACAAGGGCAUGGUGCCGGUGGAGGGUGGGUACACGGAUGAAGAGGCAGAUGAAAACUACGUUCCCAUGAGCGCCACAGGCGACCCCCCUCUGGCCCCCCCCCUCCAGGACCCAAACUAUGUUGCCAUGACGUCCGGCCCCCCUGAGCUGCCCUCCCUGGGGCGUCAGGUCCCCCCCCCCGCCCACCUGGGGUUUCGCACCUCCCCCCUCACCCCCCUCACCCCCCCUGCACGCAAACACACCACAGGGAGCCUGCGUGCAGGGGGGGUCCUGCCCCCUCCCAUCCUUCGUAACCUCAAACCACAACGCAAAGGUGUGGUUACCUGUGUUUUCCCGGUACGACCCAAACCCCUGGGUCUGGAGAGAACAGACUCUCAGACCAUAGGAGAGUUCUCACGGCAACGCAAGGCCAGACCAGCUCCUCUGGACAUCCGUCCUCUGCAGGAAUGGGAGGAGGUUCCCCCUCCAGUCCGCUCCCCUGUCACACGCACAUUCACCCGAGAUCCCUCCAGGUUUCCUGUCUCCUCAGGAAGACCCUCCUCCACUCAGAGCUCCGCCUCCAGUUCAGACUCUGACGACCCCGACGACAACUACGUCUCCAUGACAACCUCUAGCCUCAACCUCAGUGGAGACGAGCCGUCCCUGAGGCUGAUGGUGCACCAUACCUCAGACGGAGGCAGCAGCCAGCAGGUCAGAAGACACAAGCAGGUGGAGUACCUGGACCUGGACCUGUACCCCGGACACACACACCCUGCACCUCAGCGUAGCCCCGGGGGGAGUGACGAGCGUGCACGUGAGCGUGCUCGUGAGCGUGCACGUGAGCGGGUGGACUACGUGGUGGUGGACCCAGAACGCACCAAGGCUCUGAGGAGCACCAGGGAGGCCUGGCAUGACGGGAGGCAGUCCAGCGAGAAAUAACACACACACACUCACAUCAUACACACCCUAACACACACAUCUACACACUUACACACAAUAACACACACUUCAUACACACACUAAUACACACUUUCACACACACUACACACUACACACACUCACAUUCAGAAAAGCCACACACACAUACAAGCUAUCAUUCAAAUACACACACAUUUACACAAAAACCAUGACUUUCACUCAAACAUGAACAUGCACACACACACAAAAGUCACUAACUUUCAAACACACACCUACACACAUAUUAAAAAUACUUUCAAAAGCACAUGUAUACACACACCCACACACAUACUUUUAUCAGUGUGAUAUCUCCAUAAUUUAGACACCAGCAUGUGUUAAGUAAUGUGAUUAUUACAUCUGUGUGUGUGUAGCUACAGUAGGGUGGUGUGUGUGUGUGUGUGAGAGAGUGUGUGUGUGUGUGUGUGUGUGUGUGUGAGUGUGCAGCUACAGCAGAUGAAUGUGCAUAGCUAAAGUAGAUGUGUGCGUGUAGCUACAGUGAAUGUGUGUGUGUGGAUACAGUGAAUGUGUGUGUGUGGAUACAGUGAAUGUGUGUGUGUGGAUACAGUGAAUGUGUGUGUGUGUGGAUACAGUGAAUGUGUGUGUGUGGAUACACUUUUCUGAAUGUAUGUUAAAUAGGCCUGUUGAUCAAACUGGACUGCUGCAGUCACUGUUUACUCAAUAAACACAA